AAUUUUGUCAAAGUCAUUCCAACAUGGCGGCCGGAACGGCUGUAAUGCAUUUUCCCAGUCCGAGAAGCACCGUGAAGAAAGAAGAACCGGCUCGCAGAGUCCACAAGAUCAAAGCAGAUGAGGUGAUAAUAGAUACUUUUGGUCAGAGGGCAAACUGCAGAGCAAUUUUGCGUUGAAAAACUUUAAAAGUUUGUCAUGUGGUUGUACAUGACGACAUCUUUUGAUCGAAAAUUUAGACCUUUUGUGCAAUGAGGUUCGGCGUAACACGCUAUCUAUUUCGGACAAUUAUUAGAAGUAAGAGUUUUUUUCAGCCACUUUUGACAUCGAAAGUUAGAUUGUUAUUUCUUUGAAAACUAAGUAACCUGAUAUAAAUCUCAUCUUGUGGGCCAUAGGAAUAGUUUUUGUCAGGAGAUCUCUUUGCAUUGUAUGAAGUUGGUAGAUCUUUUACUUCCUAAUUAACCGUGGCUCAUUGAUUCUGUUACUUCAAACAAGAGCUAGCUUAUUAUCUACUUAAUCAUUAUAGAUUUUUAGAUAAUACUUUCGAUCGGUGACAGUUUCCAGUGCUUUAAACUUACCGAAUCAUUGGUCCAUUGUUUCAGAGUCUUGUACAGUAUGAAUGCUUACUUUACAAGUUUUUGCGCAGUUUAAGCUUCCCUUUUUUUUAAUUUCCUCAUUAUGUGUACCAGUUCAAUGUCAUGAAUAUACAGCUUUCCUGUUUCACCAGUGGCUCUAAAAAGUUAUUAGUUUAACUUUUUAUACCAUCUCAUGCACAAGUGUUAAUGUUGCAGCUGUUUCUUAUGUGGUAACUGGUCAUUUCACCUCCAAGUCAUUUUGCCCUGAUUACUUAGCCCCCUAUUUUCGAGUCGUUUAGCAUGCUUCAAAUGUAAUAUUCCUCGUUCUAUAAGCCAUAAAGCGAAACAAGGGUGCUUCAAAUAUAACAUUCCUCGUUCUUUAAACCAUAAACCAAAACAAGCAUGCUUCAAAUAUAAUUUUCCUCGUUCUAGAAUAGGGGGCUAAGUAACCGGAGCGAAAUGACGUGGGGGCGAGAUCACCCAUAACCUCUUUUGUUUAUAAUCUUAAAAGCAAUACCCAACUUUAAUCGAGUUUAACCCAACUUUUUUAAACUUUUAUUUGUGAUUAUUUUUGCAGUAAAUUACUGAUAUUUGGCAAUACAUUAUUUUGUUGUGUCGAAAUCAAAUAUAAAUAUUUAUUUGAUAAGAAAAACAAGACAACUAGUAAUUAGGCCUUGUUAGGGUAAAUUCCAAUAAGUGACAUGGCCAUUAAACGCAAUGAAGUGGCGGCAAACGACAUAAAGAUGGGUUGAAUAUCGACAAGGACGUGGCCUACUCCUCAAAACGUGAAAGAAACAUGUUUGAAAUGCAGACUAAAAUUUUUUAACCUAGGUUGAUUCUCUAUUUCCUUUGUCUCUUAGCCUUAAUUAUGAAUUUAUAUGGACUUGGAGAUAAUUAAUUAGGGUGUGGAGGCAUGUGUGGCCGUCGUUGUUUCCUUAAGCAAGGAACUUUACUCUACUUUGUCUCUCUUCACCCAGGUGUAUAAAUGGGUACCAGCAACAUACUGCUGGGGGUUAACCCUGUGAUGGGCUAGCAUGCCAUCCAGGGGGGAGUAGCAAUACUCCUAGGCAUGCUUCAUGCUGCAGAAACUGGUAUAAACUCCGGCCGUGUGGGCCUUUGGCUCGUGUGGGCCUUUGGCUCGUGUGGGCCUUUACCUUACCUUAGGUGAUAAAGGAAAUUGAGAAUCAACCUAGGUUAAAAAAUGUUAACCUGAAUAUAAAUUUGACCAGUGGCAUAUAUGUACCCUCUCACCCCACCCCACUAAGAGGGCCUCAGUCUUCAGAGUUAUCAAGUUUGUUUUUCUUUCAUGCAGUCUUUCAAACUGAAAGUGAUAAAAAUGGGUUCUAGUUCAUCAUUGGUGAUACAGCACUAAAGCGAAUCGUUAUUUUCUUUAUUACAACCCCUCUUUCCUAGUGCCUUGUAAAGUAUAUGUUGUGGUUCAAUUUUAUCCUUGCUUUAAAUUUUAUUUUCUUUUGUUUUUGGGUAUGGCAAUUGUUUGUAUGGUAAUGUAUGAUAAUGAGUUUGAAACAAAAGAAAAGAAAAUUUAAACCAAGGAUAAAGUUGAACCACAACAUAUGUAACGUUGAAAACAAAAUUUAGAAUAAAAGCAUCUUUUUGUAAUUUCAUCUUUUCCUCUUUUUGUUCAAGAUGGAAGUUGAAGAAGAGAAACAACAUGAAGGAAUCCAGCAGUAUUAUAUUACCAAGAUAGAGUCACUCCAGGUAUAAUCAGCAUUCAUGAGCAAUAUAUUGUGAUACAUUUUAUUUCUUUUUUGUCUAUUUCUGUAUUAAAGGGAACAUGGAACAGGUUCCCAAGUGACUUCUGAUCUUAAGUUUAAGUCUCCCUUUGAUUUUCAAUCAUAAUGCAAGGAAAAUUGGAAGGAGAAUUUAGUAAGUUAUUAAAAGUCAUAGAAGGCUAUAUUCCGGCACUUCUUUAUCAGUGGUGAAUUAAAAAAAAAACACGAAGGUGAUCUUGAGUAGUGAAAUAAUGGUAGUUAAAUAAUAAUAAUAAUAAUAAUUAUUAUUAUUACACACUGUAUGCAUUUAAGGUCGCGGACAUAAGAAUUGAUUGGUCCAUCUUCUGAGCCAGAGCUCCAUGAUAAAAAUGCUCCACAAAUUCCUUUAAUGUUAAAAUAAUCUGAAGCUUGAACUGGAGAUAACAAAAAUCUUGUUAAACCUAUAAAGUAAGUCUAUUGUUAGUUUAAUGUCUUGUCUUCGUAAUGUUAUUGUACAUGUUUUCUGUGUUUUAUCAGCAGCAAUGUUGGUGUUACACAAUACAAAUGACUGUUGAUAAAACUGACUCCUUUUUCCCUUACAGAUGGUUGUGACAGAAGAAAUCAAGAACUUGAGAAGGCUUGAGGCCCAGAGAAAUGAGCUUAACGCUAAAGGUAAGUUCUUUACUACUUUCUUUGAAGACAGAAGUUAAAACUCAUAAACUUAAUAAUAGCAGCAGUUUUAUUUCAUAAGUAUAAGUAUUUGCAGUUGCUUGGGGUUUGAGUUUUCUUCCUUGUAUUAAUAUUAAUAAUUUAUUUUGCAUUAUUUUAUAGUGCGAAUGUUGAGGGAGGAGCUGCAGUUGCUGCAAGAGCAAGGGUCGUAUGUUGGUGAGGUGGUCAAACCAAUGGACAAGAAGAAAGUUUUAGUAAAGGUAUGUCUAACUUAUGACACAGCUUGGAAGCAACUGGGAGGAAGUAAAUGUCUGAUUUUUGUAUGUUAACAGAUGGAACGUACAUGUAUUAAAAUUAAUACCAGUAGUCGGCCUGCCAUUAUUGAAGGGUGUUUCAGUGUCUUGAGACAUAUUUUGAGGAAUGCUUUGCAGGAAAGACUUCUGCAUUUCUGGGUCAGAAAUUUCAUGCUGAUGAUGUUAAUCAAUUUUUACAAUCUACAUAUGUAAUCUAAUAUUUAUUAGUUUCCAGAUGUAAAUGUACAUGUAUUCGACUUUAUGUUUCUCCCCACCUAAUACAUUAAAAUUAUUUUGUGUUCUUCUGAGAACUAGCACAGCGAAACCAGAAUGCUUCUUUUAAAGAAGAAUAUAUUCCAACCGUAAUUACUUUUUUAGGUAAAUCAGGGUUCGCACAGUCUUAAAAAGUCCUUGAAUUCUAGGGAAAGUCCUUGGAAAGUCCUUAAAUAUCUGUGUCCUUGAAAAGUCCUUGAAUUUUCUUCAACUUUGAAUGAAGUGGCCUGGAGAGUUUUUAUGCUUUUUGGUUGUGCAAGACAGAAUAUACAAAUAUAAAUCAUAGCUCAUAGAAAUUAAAGGUGAUUUACAUAAAGCAUUUUUGUCUUAUGCAAUAAUAACAAUCAAUUUAAGACUAACCUGCGUAGCAAGCGUUUCCAAUCGAGUUAUUGUACAAAAGUUCUCAUCCCAACUUUCUCGAUGAACUCACGCGGAAAUGCUUGCGUCGCACGCUAAUUUAAGACAAGUGAACUGAAAAAUUUGAAGAAGUUGGUGGAGCAAAUAGUUUAAGCCUUACAACCCUGUUAGAAUGAACUGCCAAAGUGCAUUUUUGCGCAGUCUCUGAAAUUACUUACCUGGUAAGUGGUCCUUGAAAAGUCGUUAAAAUGGUUGCAACUUUUGUAUGAACCCUGUAAAUUGUUUGGGACCUUCUGUCUUUUGUCUCCUGUUCAUAAACAAUAGCUUGAGAGUAUUACUACUAUGUCCACCAAUCAGGGUUCCUGACCAGAUGCUGAACUGACUUAUAUCAUCAGCAUGGAAUUUCGAAAACGUUGUUAGGAGCGUGGAGAGAUGGCUGUAUUUGCAGGCUAUUUUCUGUGCUGCUAUUAGCCUAAAUUACUGUCAGUAUAUCAUACAUGUAAUCAGCAGAGUCUUCCUUUAAGAACUGUUGGCUUAACUUACAUGUUAAUGAUUUUGUUUUGCUUCCUACAGGUUCAUCCAGAAGGGAAAUUUGUAGUUGAUCUUGAUAAGUCAAUUGACAUGUCUGAGGUAAGAUGAUAAUGAUUCAUUAUUGAGGAGCGGACGCUGGUUCCUAUCGAAAAGCUGUUACUUUUUUUUCUAUAUCCAUAAAAGCAAUACAUGUACAGUGUACAUAAAUUAGAUAAAUAACAAUAAUUGUAUUAUUUGCCAGCUUUGGGUCAGUCUAGAUCAUGAAAUACACUGUACAGUGAGGACGGUGUUGACAAUGCUGACCAAGGCCGCAGACUGAGGUCAGCAUUUUCAAGGUCGUGACAUAAUUUUCAUAAUCUGGGUCUUUUAUCUGGCAAAGAACAUAUCCAUAUGCAUGUAUACAUGUAUGAUGGGCAAGUGACCAGACAAUUGAUAAGUUUAAGGGAAUGAGAUGUUAUUGGAUUGUGAUCAACUGUGUGUUUUCCCUUUUCAGGUUACACCAAACUGCAGAGUAGCACUAAGAAAUGACAGUUACACUCUUCACAAGAUACUGCCCAACAAGGUUUGAAAUUUUCCGCAAUUACCAUAUUUUUGAGUAAGGUGCAUUGCUGCUGUGCCUAAUAACUAAAAUAAUUUUGGUACUUGUAGGUAAACUAUGAUACAUUGUACUCUCUGUUUGUCUUCUCAUUGGCUAAGGACCAACAGUAAAUUUUCAUCUUGAGAACUACAUGUAUCCACCAUUUAUGUUCUAAUAAUGUACUUGUAGAAAGAUUCCUGUAUCAUAUAUAAGGAGUGACUAGGGUUGGGUUGUAGGUAGUAGUACUAAACAAUUAUUAUAUCAGUGUUCUCACCAGGAUUUUGCCUUGGGGAGUCCCAGGGCCCCCUCUUCUGAGAAAUAGGGGCCCUGUAAGAACAUUAGGGGGACAAAGUUACAAAAAACACGCGGCACGAAGAACCUGAGCCCGCACUCCAAAUUUUCUGUUACAUGAAGUACCUACCUGAUCCAAUAUGGCAGAAGAGGUGUUUACGAUUCGGAGGAGGAGUUUACGAUGUAGUGGGACGUGCGUGGGACCAAUGAAAGUAAAGGCAACAAAAUUAAAAACUUUGACUCAUUUGAUAUCAUGUUUUUCAUUUAUUCAAACAAACAGAAUGCUUUAGUGUUAGGUUGACCAUUAAAACUACUUAAGUCAGUUUGACUCAUAGCUUGCCCCUGCGCCCUAACGGGCGCAUCUUCUUGGUCUUAAUGCGCCAUUUCAGUUUUUCUUGCGGGAAUCCCACAAGGCCGUGGCCUGGUGAGGACACUGUUAUAUUGUGUUAUUAACCGAGAGUAUUAAACUGUAGCUCGGAAAAGAAAGCAACAGUGAUAUUGUUAACAUUUUAGGUGGACCCUCUUGUCAGUUUGAUGAUGGUUGAGAAGGUUCCUGAUUCCACUUAUGAGAUGGUGGGUGGACUAGACAAACAGAUCAAAGAAAUCAAAGAGGUAUGUUGUAAAGAACAUUGGGCCAUUCUAAGGCCUUUUUCUGUGAGCUUCCAGGAGAGCCACACACCAAUCUUUGGGUCUCCUUUAGUUGCUUGGGUGUCCUUUUUCUAUAUACACGUAGGCAUUACAAUCUUGAUUUUUGUGUGAGGAUGACUUGGAAUGGCCAGCAGUAUCUUUAUAACUCAAUUUAAGUACAUGUUACACACCUAUUGCACCCAAGUGUCCGAUAUUAUUUUUGCAACUGUCUGCAUUAAUUAAGAACUCCUGGUCACCUUUAAUACAGCAUAGGAUCACUGCGAUGCCAUGAUGUAAUGCCCUGCCAACUUAUCCAUGAAAAUGUCUGUACACUGUGUACACUGUACAUAACUAUGCUUUGGUUUUAUGAGAAUGGCAAGGAGCUAGCCAUGUAAGAUAAUGUUUUUCUUUCCUAUAGGUCAUUGAACUUCCUGUAAAACAUCCUGAGCUUUUUGAAGCCCUUGGGAUUGAUCAACCAAAGGUAUGAUUAUUUUAUUUUUUCAACCACUCAGCAUUAUUUAUUAGCAUUUCAAUUGCAUGAAUGAAGCAGCCUACAUCAGAUAGCUAAUGACUGUAACAUCAAAGGUUGAUGCUGAGCUGUGUAUUGCACACAUCAGAGGUUUCUCUGCUGUGGUUCAAUUUUAUCCUUUGUCUAAAUUUUCUUUUCUUUUGUUGCAGACUCAUCAUACAUAACCUUUCCCAAAAACAAUGGAAAACAAAAUGAAAACUAAGGACGAAAUUGAAAUAUAUGUGCAAUAUACAGCAUCUGCAUGCACACAUUGUGGUGUGUUUAUUGACCUCAAAAAAGCUUUUGAUACCUUUGACCAUAAUAUUCUGCUAGACAAGCUCAACUUCUACAGCUUUCAUGGAUUAAUCAACCAAUGGUUUCCUCAUAUCUCAAUAACCGGACCCAAACUACUCAAAUUGCUGAUCACAUAUCAAAUAAAGCCAUAAUCAAGUUUGGAGUUCCUCAAAAGUUCCGUUUUAGGUCCUCUUCUCUUUUUGCUGUAUGUUACUGGUAUCGACCAGUGCUCUACUAAACUUACAUUGUAUCUCUUCACUGAUGAUACAAAUAUACUUUUUGCUGAAAAAAAUUGAAAGUUCUUGAAACACUGAGUCAAUAAUGAAUUGUGCCAACUCUACGACUGGUUAACAUCUAAUAAGAUGUCCAUAAUUCUUCAUGAUAAUAAAAGCCGAAUUCUAACUCCAUUAGUAAAUCCAAAAAUAAUUCCUAGUUUAAAAACUUUGUAAUCUUUCAUCCUAAACAACUGUUUCUUCCUGGGUUUUUAGCUAUUUUUUCGACUAGUUCUUACUCUUGAAACUGUAUUUUUUCACGCUCACAACCAAAACAACUCAACCUCGUCCACCAGGUAAAAUUCAAAUUUGGCAAGACACUGCUUGAAUCCCGUAAAUCCAACUUUGUAAUCUUUCAUCCUAAACAACUGUUUCUUCCAGGGAGUAUUACUGUAUGGUCCACCAGGUACAGGCAAGACACUGCUUGCCCGAGCUGUAGCACACCACACUGAGUGCACAUUCAUUAGAGUUUCUGGAUCCGAACUGGUGCAGAAAUUUAUUGGUGAAGGAGCUAGGAUGGUUCGAGAACUGUUCGUUAUGGCAAGGUAAAAUAAGAAUAGGUAGAAGUUGUUACAUCGCUUUGCUUUGGUAGCAAAAUUCUGGGUCUCAACAAACUGUGGUCCUGCAAAUAUGGCAGAAAAAGAAAAAACAAACAAAAAGUGGACAUGUGUGACUUUCUGUGCAUAAUUACAAGCAGGAAUAAAAGAGUAGCCUAUACUUUUUUGGAAUUCAAUUUUUUUUUCUGAGCCCUGCAAAUACAUGCAAAGGAAUUAUUUACUACAGUAGUCUCUGCUCUUUAUCUUGUUAUUAUACUUGUGUCUUCAAACAACUUGUGAACCUCUUCACAUUAAUUAAUUUUGAAAUGUUGUUUUUAUUAAUUCUUUUAGGGAACAUGCACCCUCCAUCAUUUUCAUGGAUGAGAUUGAUUCUAUUGGGUCUUCAAGAUUAGAAGGAGGGUCAGGAGGUAAGAUAUGGCUGUUUGUUUGUUUGUUUUUAUUUAUUUACCAAAUGUUAUCUCUUGGUUAUUACUUGCGUCAGCAAUAAGAGGUGCAUGUACUGUCCAUGUAGUUCCUAGGUGUUGCUGCAGAGCAUUGAAUAUUUUUUGUAGAGUCUAGAGUGAGAGAGGGUGGAAAAUGAUUAGUCAAAUUAAUUAAUCCAUUUAAUCAUUAAUUUAGUUAUCAGCUGCAUACUGCCCACUGAUCUAGCCUAUCACCUUUAGGGCAUAAUCACAGCACUGGUGGAAAACAAGCAGUCUAAUGCAGAUGUUUGUGUUUUAAGCGAGCAAUCUUUUUUCCCUUUCACAUACAAUGUAUGCUGUAGUUAUCCACAACAACUUUGUAGAGCUUGUGGAAGCCAAGUUUCUGUUUUGCAAACAACAUAAGUAUCCAGUUAGAAUGGUUAGCACUCAUGUAGUCAUUAAUUGCAGAGGUGAAGAAAAAACUUUUUCCCCUUCACAUAUGCUAUGGUUAUCCAUAAGAACUUUGCAGACCUUUUAAAAGCUUAGUUACUAUUUUCCAGACAAAUUUCCGGUUUGAAAUGUUGACAUUUAAGUGAAUAUUUGUUUGUGAAACAGGUGACAGUGAGGUACAAAGAACCAUGUUGGAAUUGCUAAACCAACUUGAUGGGUUUGAAGCAACUAAGAACAUCAAGGUUGUCAUGGCAACAAACCGCAUAGACAUCUUGGAUUCUGCUCUUUUGCGACCAGGACGUAUUGACAGAAAGAUUGAAUUCCCACCCCCAAAUGAAGAGGUGAGGCUAUGAGGAUCUUUGAAUUUAUUGCCUGGUGCUUUCAGUGUUGUUAGGUGUGAGGACCCUUCCUCAAGUGACACGCCUUAUUUUCUCUACGUCGUUACUACCUGAGAUCCUGCGCGGCACAUGCUAGAUUUGUGCAAGCUUUUGGGCUCCAUCUACACUACAUUUUGCUGGAUAAAUUAAUUUGAAAACACCACUUGUCUACGUGAUGAUGGGAGUACUUGAAGUUGCACUUCCAAACUUUAAAAGUCUUUUGUUGGGGCAAUUUCCCCAGACACCCUUCUCAGGCCAACCCCCUUUGGAAAGGUAGCUUGUUCACAGACCCUCUAUUUUCUCUUCAAAGUCCGUCGAGUGCUGGUGAUAAAAUAUAAACAGCAGGGAUUUAUUGACCACCAGUGCAAUCGGGUAGUGGUGGGGGAAGAAGAAAUUUCGAAAAGAACAAAUAGAAAAAUAAAACAACGUCUGUGUACAGGCUACUGGGAAAGGGGUAACUUGAAGUUUGUUGAGUGCCCUGAAUUUUGUGGAAAAUCGGUGUUUGGCUUAAACAACUUGAAUUUUGUUUUUUGCAUUGUUUUUUUUUAUGAAGCAAAAUAAAUUCUUACUUAGUUCUUCAUGUCAUUCUUAAUUACUCGCACAGGCCAGAUUGGAUAUCCUGAAGAUUCACUCCAGAAAGAUGAAUUUAACCAGAGGUAUCAAUCUCAGAAAGAUUGCUGAACUUAUGCCUGGUUCAUCAGGGGCUGAAGUCAAGGUACAAAUUUAAUGCCACCCUUUUAUGUGUUUUCAUGAAAUCAUGUAAAAUGUUGAGUAGUCAGUGAGUAAAACUGUCUGUCCGUCUGUAAGUCACUCUAAAAGUUGGUCAGUCAGUUAGUAAGUGAGUUGCUGUAGUUGGUUGAAGUUGCAGGAGUUUAGAUUGAAAGAUUGACUUGUGUAACAAGUUUGAUGAACCAAGUACAAUCUCUAAGCUAAAGGAGCUGGAUCAUGAGGUUCUUUCUUCAGUAUAGUGCCUUACUGCUAUGUCACAGCCUAACUGGCGUAGAUGUGGAAGUUGUAAUGCCACCUCCUCAUUCCCAGUGACAGUAGUGUAGGACAUGGUGGUACGAACUCAUUUUCACAAAUCAUACACAUAAAACCAACAGUUGAACAGGUAGUUGAACUGCCAGUUCAGCUGUUGGUUUUAUGUGUAUGAUUUGUGAAAAUGAGCUUGUACCACCAUGUCCUACACUACUACUGACCCUCUCAUGGCAACCUGUGUGGUAAGCAUUUGAAAGGGAGUGGGAAAGUGGACAAUACAGAAAAAAAUGGUACAUUCUUCAUGUUUUUGCCCAUCCAUUUUUCCCCUUUCCCCUCCCCUGUAGAAUACUUGCCAUGGAUGCUCACUCCUUAUGGCAGGGAGAAUUUCAACAAGUUAAGGGUUGAGGGUGUUUUUUCAUGAUGUUGAAAAACAGCAUAAGGAUCAAGUCAAUACCUUUGUAACAUUUGUACCUGAAUAGCUCAUUAAUUCACGGUAGCGUGUUUUGUUUAUGGCUGACGUUUUAGAAAUGAGAAUUUCAAAGUGGAUCUGUGAUAUUUUUAGGGUGUUUGCACGGAAGCUGGUAUGUAUGCCCUGAGAGAAAGAAGAGUUCAUGUUACACAGGAAGACUUUGAAAUGGCAGUGACAAAGGUAGGCUGCCUGUGCAGUAAACCCUUACUUGAUGGAUCACACCAAAUAUUCAAAUACUGCGUGCUAGUUAACGUCAUCAUAAACGUUUUUUGAAUUUGGAUAAUUGCUAAUACCUAAAUACAUCAUUCUAGUGCUGUCAGGUCCUUGAGGAUACUGCAGCCUCUUUCCCUCAGAAAAUUGCGGUAAACAUUCGCAAUAGUCACCAGGCUCCGGUUGUUGAAGAGGUUGAUAACGCUAUCCAUUGGAGAAAUCUCUAUCCAGUGGAUAGCACAGUUGGUUUCCCUAACACUUAUCCACUGGAUAGUGAUUUAUACUGUGGAUAGCACUAUCCAGCUUUCUUGUAUAUAGGUCUUAGAAAUUCCUUCCCUUUUUUACUGUAAGUACGAACCCAGAGUUACGUGUAGUUACCAUGACAGCCACAUUGUAACCUUGACCUUUAUAAAAGCGGUGACUUCUCAUAACCUGUAGUACUUUUGUCCUUGUCUGUUUUAAUUGGUUCGUAGUCAAUUUUACCAUAACAGUGCUAUAAAUACAUUUGUUUAUGGUGUUUAGGUCAGCGUUUUCUUUCAUUUUGGCAAGUCUUAGCUGUAUUAUCUAGCACUGAGGUUAAAAGUGAUCCAUUUUUCGUGUAUUCUAAACCCCUUUUUUAUCUUCAUAUUCAUAGGUGAUGCAGAAAGAUUCAGAGAAAAAUAUGUCGAUCAAGAAACUCUGGAAGUAAAAAUCCUGGCUUCAAGUUCCAAUCAUAAAGUUAAAAUAACAAUUGAUUUUCUAUACCCCACUGCCUGCUAUUAUUUUUAAUUGUAAUGUCGGUCUAUCAAACACCCAGAUAACAGGCAUUAGAAAAGAAAUGCGACUCUGAUAAUCUUCACAAGGGAUGGCCCGCAUUUUUGGGAUAGACUCCCAUCAAGGAUUGGUUGUACAAAAUAUUUAAGAUAGCGUCUUUGCACACCUUUCCUAGGAUCCAAGAAGGACACACUAUUUUGUCAUAGAUUAGCAUGAGAGACUUCUAAGAUCUGCUAAACUGUCAUUGUUGAAAAGUUCCAUUUAAGAUUGCAGAUUACUUCUGAAGAGUGUUAAAGUUAAGGGUGCGUUUAAAAUUUCCCAUAAGUUUAAGGGUCUGGGACUCUUAUAAGUGGAAACAUUUCGUUUUAGUAGGUAAUUAGUACUCGUAGAUGAUUGUUAGAAUCGCUUUUGCAUUUUGUACAUGUAGAGAAUUGUCGCAUGCUUAAUCAGAGUCAGUUAAUAUAAUUAAACAUAAAACUCGUCUCUCUGACUCUGACAUAAUUAUGUCAGCAACAUGUGUAGCAGCCUUUGUUAUUCCGUGAUCUUGUUUCCCUCCUUUUUGUGAACAAUUCUCUAUUUUUUGGUUGUUAUUUUAUUUUUCAACAUACAUUGACUGAACUAGAACUGAACUCAAACUAAUUGAAAAAUCGGCCAGUACCCAAUCACAUUUCUUAAAAAACUGAUUAAACGACACCUUGGUAUUUCACUAUUUAUCGAUAAAACAGGUCGCAAGCCCGUGGCCAUACCUAAGGAUACUUCGCAUAUGAACUAUAACAUGUUUUAGACAUGUUGUGUAUAGUAUGUAUAUGAACGUAAACAAGCCAAUGACUGAUUAAUUGUAGGGGGGAAUGGAAAGGUUAUCACUAGGAACAAAUGUGGGAACAAGUUAUCCCAAGCGUAAAAAAGAGGGGGGUCAGCCCCCACGGCUUUAACUACCUUUUUCUUUAGGCCAGUUAAGUUAAAGUAUGCGUUUUUCGAUCUGUCAUAACGCAACUUGGAACAGUUAUUUCAGGAAAAGUUGCUAAGUAUUAAGGAGUCUUUUGCUCGUUAAUAUGGCGUCAAUGACUUGGCAAAGUUAAGAUGGCUAAUACUACUAAAUGUUAUGACAAACAACUUCCUUGUAGUUUGGUUUUAGCCUGAGAGCAA